AUGACACGCGCCGGCAGCCGCAGCCCCAUGGCUCCCGGCAGCCCCUUCACUCCCCGCAGCCCAUGCCGCAGCCCCUUCACUCCCCGCAGCCCAUGCCGCAGCCCCCUGGCUCCCCGCCGUACGCUCCCGGCCACCGUCGUCGACGACACCGUGGACGCCGCCGCCGUCCUGCUCGACAAGUGGCACCCGGAGGGCUCCUCCUCCGGCCGCUCGCUCUUCCUCAACUCCACCACCCCGGACGAGGCCGACAGCUUCCUGCGCGCCGCCAAGGACCUGCACCGCGCCAUGCUCUUCUACGCGUCCGGCCUCACCACCAAGGACAUCCACGGCGGGGGCCAUGGUCUCAUAGAGGCGCAGGAGCUUCUCGACACCGCCAUGCGGAGGCUCCAGCUCGAGCUCAAGAUCCUCCUCUCCUCCCUCCCCAACGUGCUCCACUUCCAACAAGACGACGACGCCGACGAUGAUGACGAGAUCCAGAGCCCCGACGCAGUGAGAGAAACGUGCGACCACCUCCGCGCGGUUGCGGAGGCCAUGCUGGCCGUCGGGUACGGCACGGAGUGCGUCUCCGUCUUCAAGGCGCACCGCCGCGCGUCCGUAGCCGCCGCGCUGCAGUGCCUGCAAGUCUUCUCGCCUUCCCUGCAGCAGGCCACGAUCAACAAGCUCACCUGGGACCAGAUCGACCCCAAGAUGCAGUCCUGGCUCGCCGGCGCGCGCAAAGCGUUCGCGUCCGUAUUCGUCGGGGAGAGGGAGCUCUGUGACCGCGUCUUCGCCGGGGACAACGCGUCCGUCGGCGACGCCGUGUUCUCCGCCAUCGCCGAGGAUCACGCCACGAGCAUCCUGGCGUUCGCGGAGGCCGCCGUGGCGAAGGCGAAGCGCGCCCCGGAGCGGCUGUUCCGCAUGCUCGACGUCCACGACGCGCUCACCGAGACCAUCAUCCCGGCCAUCGUCGCCACGUUCGGGGACGGGUCAGAGCUCAAGGCCCGCGCCGUCACGCUCGCGGUCACCAAGGUCGCCGACGCGGCGCGGGGCAUGGUGGCCAGCUUCGAGGCGGCCAUCGAGAAGGAGCCGGCCAAGGCCACGGUGCCGGGCGGAGAGUUGCACCCGCUCACCCGCUACGUCAUGAACUACCUCGUCUUCCUCGCCGACUAUGAGAACGCUCUGGCGCAAAUAUACUCGGCAGAGCAGUUCAACGACACGUCGUCCUCCGUGGGCUCUGGAAGCGGUGGCACCGUCGGCUCGUCGUCGACCCUGGGCUCUGGAAGCGGUGGCACCGCCGGCUCGUCGUCGACCCUGGGUUCUGGAGGCGGUGGCACCGCCGGCUCGUCGUCGUUGGUUCUUUCGGCGUCGACGACGCUGAGGACGCUGAGCCUGUGGUCGAACCCGAUCGGGUGGCUGGUGUCCGUGCUGAAGCUGAAGCUGGACGCCAUUGCCGCGAACUACCGGGAGGCGGCGCUGAGCUACCUGUUCCUGGCGAACAACACGCACUACAUGGCGAAGAAAGUGGGCGGCGGCACGAAGCUGGAGGCGGUCCUCGGGGAGGAGUGGGCGGAAGCGCAGACGGCCAAGGCACGAGGGUACAUGGAGGUGUACGUACGUAGACGGGCUGUUCGGCGGCCAGACGUCACACUCACACAACAGUUAGCACUAGCUAGGCAACGAAAGUAAAUAUGGGGUACGUAGGUUAAUCUACUAUACUCAUUUAGUUUCACGAUGAUAUGAAUACGGUACAUAUAUGCAGGCUGCAGCACGGGACCUGUGCGUGUUGUAAACAAGAAUGAGUGUACAUAUUCCGAAAUAAAUACUGCCCCCGUUUUCAAAUUAACUGAUGCAGUUUUAGUCA